AUGAAGAAAUCGAGGUCUCGAACGUUGUUUGCAAGAUCGGAACAAGAACAAUCGGCCACAGUCACAGCCACAGCCACGGCCGAGGCUGUCCAAGUCGCCAGUGUCCAACUACCUCAACCAUCCACAUUCGUGUUCGUGAACCAGCACGAGUCGCAGAACCGGACCUCGAGGCGGAGGCCGAGACAGAGUUCCAAAUCGAGCGAGUCGACGACGGCAUCCCAAAAGAAACGCGGUUCGGUCAGCAGCAGCGGCGUUGCAACCAACCCAAGUCCUUCUUGGUCUUGGGAUGCCAACUCACCCACGUCACCGCACCCAUCGACACUCUCCCUGAUCACCAACACUGCCGCCGACAAUAGCACGCCGCCAUCCGAAUACGAUGCGCCGAACUUUGGCCUUUCUCUUUCUCUCUCCCUCUCCAUUUCCCCCCAAAUCGGACGGCAUCCCGGCGACUUCGAAUAUGCCUUAUCCUUCUACCACUCCCACUUCUCCUACAUCACACUUACGUACGCGGUACAGGUGAAUCCAUGGCAGGCGGUUCUUCCGCAGGUCCAGGACGACAUCCCGUGUGUGCGCUACGCGGCAGUGGCCAUAUCGCAACGCCAACAAGCCCAUCUAUACAGCAAACCAGAAGGACUGUCGAUCCUACGCCUCAAGGCCCGGGCCCUUUCAAUGUUCGCAACCCACCUGACCGAUCUCUCACUAGAGUCCGGGAUUAGCACCUCGCUCCUCCUGAUCGCACUCGAUUACGCCGAGUCCGGGUUUUCCAACUGGACCAUCCAUCUGCGAGGGGCGUUCCGCAUUCUAGAACACAACGGCGGCAUCGGCAUUGCUGAGUCUCGGCCGCAUUUGAGAAGCCAGAUCGCCAUGCUCGUCUGGUACGACGUGACAGCGGCGCUGAUCUCGCGUUGCGGACCCAUCUUCCCACGACAAUACCUGGAGGCAUUGAUGAUGUGGCAAUCCGAGUCUGAAUGGAGUAUUCUGGCCCUCAACGGCCUGCCCGAUGGCAUGUUCCUUGACAUGCAUGACCUCGCGGCCAUGGCUGCACGGCCCGAAACGCUGUAUACGGAACCGGAAGAGAUUUCGGAGAUUGUGACCAGGAUCUCCAAUGCCCCGAUCAAUGAGCGGGGCCACAGACAGCUUGCUCUGAUGUCUAGGGCUUGGAAGGCCGGCCUAUUGCUUUAUGUGUCGCGUGUCUUUGGUUGCCCUCGCCCGCGCCCUCAUCUUCCUCUAGUCUCGACACCCGAGGAUGGCAUGACGGGUACGGCUACGGCUACGGCGUCGAGGUUGAAUCCACACAGUCUGGCGCUGGAGAUCCUUGGGAUAGCGGGAGAGAUUCCACCACACAGCAACUUCCAGAAACAGUGCCUGAUGCCGGUCAUCCUGGCGGGCUGCGAGCUCACCGCCGCGGAUGACUGGUAUAGGGAAUUUGUGGUUGACUAUGCCGAGCGCUGGAAACGGAAGACGGGCAUCUGGGUCUUUGACUCUGGUCUGAAAUUCAUGAGAGGAGUAUGGGCGAGGGAUGAUGGUGACAGAGCUAGCAGGGGGAGGGUUAGUGUCAGACAGGAGAAGGAUGAUGUUAACGGUGACGUUGAUAUUGAUGGUGAGGGUGAUGUUGAUGUUGAUGUUGAUGUUGAUGUUGAUGUUGAUGUUGAUGUUGAUGUUGAUGUUGAUGUUGAUACUGAUGUUGAUGGUGAGGGUGAUGUUAGUGUCGAUGUUGAUGUCGAUGUUGAUACUACCGGUGGCACAGAUGAGUGUAUAGCUGUGCCUUGGACCGAGAUCUUUCCGUCGGGUGUGGAGUACGGGUUUCUAUUCGGAUGA